AUGAAAUCAGCGAAGGUUGGAGUCGCUCGUCAAAUAGAAAAAAAAGAGAAACCGGUAGCAUCCGGGAGAAAAUCAUCAACAUCAUCCAAAGGAACUUUACAUUCCGCAAGAAGCAAUGAAGAUAAAGAAAUCUAUACAAGGAAGGAACUCAAGGAGUACCGUCAAUUGUUUAAUAUGUUUGAUACAGAUGGUUCAGGAGCUAUUGGAAAUGAAGAAUUGAAACAAGCAAUGUUAAGUAUUGGUAUGCACGCCAAUGAGUCAGAAAUCGACAAUGUUAUACGCGAGGUUGAUGCAGACGGUAAUGGAGAAAUAGAUUUUGAAGAGUUCUGUGCUUGCAUGAAAAAAUCUCAGAGCAUAGUGAAAUCCACCAAUGAAGAGCUGAUAAAGGAAUGCUUCGAGAUUUUUGAUCAAGACCGAAAUGGGAUCAUCACAGAAAAUGAAUUUAAAUAUGUGGCCAAAGAGUUUGGAGAUUUUAACGAUGAACUAGCCGAAAAAGUGUUUCGCGAAUUAGAUGUAUCAGCCAACGGGCAUUUAUCAGCUGACCAAUUUGCUACUAUUGUAGAAGACUACUUGCUGUCAGAACCGUUUCCCCGAUUAGAAGAAAUGCAGAUGUUACGCAUCAGUAACCAUCCAGAUGCUGAGAAAAGCUCACAGAGGGACAAUUCCGAUCGAAUCAGUUUAGUCAGGCAUAAAUAA